AUGUCCUUAAAUCUACUGAAGCUCCCAGAUGGCACUGAGCCGGUGACGAAUGCAGACGAAGAGAUCUUCCUCGUAUAUACAGCUCUAAACCAAAAACCACUCGGCCUGACAGGACCAGAUGGGUUCCGCGGCCUAGGACAUGUUGAUUCUCGCAAGGACAUCCUGUCCAUUCGAUUUGAACUCACCGCACCAUCACCUCCUUCCAAACCCACUGACGAUAAACCCGCGUCGAGAUCACGAAAGGACAAGUCUGCGAAGAAAAGCCGCGGUGUCAACGAGGCUCCACAUACAGUCGAGAUCGAGCUCGCGCAAGACAAAACUGCGCUGCGCAGUCGAAAAGGAGAUACGGGGAGCGUCUUAUGGCGAGCGAGCAUUGCGUUCGCUCAAGUGAUCUUGCAGCAACAUCGCUUCCCUCCAAGUAACAUGUUACUUGAUAAAGAUCGCCUCCGGAAUAGCCAUAUACUGGAGUUGGGUGCAGGCACGGGCUUGCUCAGCAUCGCGCUUUCUGCAUGCGUGAAAAGCUACACGGCAACAGACAUCGCACCCCUCCUCCCACUCAUCCGCAAAAACAUCACUCUUAAUUUCGCGGGUUGGACGCAAAAUACAAAGCUUUCAGAGGGAUUACCAGGAUCGAAUAUUGCCGUGGAAGAGUUAGACUGGGAAACCCUACUGUCCCUGCCGCCAAAAGGCCGGUCAUGUUAUUACCCCAAGCCACCUGAGCCCAACACCGAGUGGGACUUGGUCCUGAUUGUCGAUUGUAUAUACCACCCCUCGCUUCUUCCCGCACUCGCGGAGACAAUAGAGACAGUCUCGACUGCAGGGAAGACGUGGGUAUUGGUAAUUGUGGAACUGAGGCAAGAAGAUGUCGUGAGGGAGUUCCUGGAGAGAUUGUUGGACAAGGGGACUUGGCGGUUGUUCAGGGUGGACGGACUUUUGGAUUUACCUUAUGUGAUUUGGGCUAGUCAAAAGUAUUUAUGA